AAAUUAGGAUUUUUUAAGGAGAUGGUAACGAUCAAGCUUCAGGAAAUUUUUGGCUAUAUAUCUGUCUAUAUAUAUUUAAAGUACCUAAAAAAUUUUCGAAAAAGAAAAUUAAUAUUGGUUGACAAAUUACUAGUUUACUGGGCAUAAAUUCGUUGUAGUACUCGCCUAAUUGGUGGGUAAUGUUGACCUCGUAAUCUUGUGUGAAAAAAAAAUAAUUUAAUAAAGUAAUAAAUAUUUAGGUGUAUUUACAUAGUUAAACUAGAAAUAAAACCGGAAAAAUCGUGAAAUCAGAACUUUUCCGAAGUUUUGGGAUAAAAUACUGACUUUACACGUAGUAAAAAAAUAAAUAAUAAUAAUAAUAAAUUUAUUCAAGCUCUACAUUUCCCCCCUUACCAUGCGUCUGCCGCCGUCUUAGCGUUGUUGACCAGCCUCCGAAGCCAAACGACAGAAAUACUUCUUCAUUGGCUGUGUAAUCUUUGAAAAAAUUACUUUUACAAAGUUGACAUGGCAAGUUUUACAAUUUUAUGGCAGAAACCUAGCACAAAGGCACAGGGAUGUAGAGUGCGAUUUUUUGUAGAGUAGCGCAUAACCGAAAGGCUGUUCACGCUCUCUAAGUGGAGAUAAUUGAAAUAAGGGUAAUUAAAUUUUAUAUAAGGUUAAUUAAAUUUUAUAUAAAAGUAGGACCAUAUCGCUCCUUGGAAAUUACAAGGGGCCAACUCACUUUUUGGCGAUUUUGAGGUUUUAAUGCACUCAGACAGAGAAUUUAAUAAAAUUUCAGAUGAUAUGAGUCAAUAAAUUUCGUUAUUAGAAAAGUUUUUCAAAAUUUUACUCUUUAUGAUUGCUUGCGCGGUUUUGUUUGAAGUCAAUGGGCACAAAAUAGAUUUAUCGUUCAAAUUUUUGUGAAACAAGGGACUAACUCAAGCAAGUUGAUCCCUUGUCAUUCUAAUUUCAUGAAAAUUUGCGCAUCAUUUAGAAUGACAAAGAGCUAACUCAUAAAAAAACGUAUUUUGAAAGAAUAAAAUAUGUAUGUUUCGAUGUUUAUAAUAAUGCUCAUACAAUUAGAAAAGAAUUAAAUUGUUUUUAUUAACAUACUCAAUUGAGAUAAUUAUUUAUACAAAGUUGAAUCUUUCAUGCUGUCUCCUGAAAAAUGGCUCAGUUUGAGUUAGCCCCUUGUAAUUUCCAAGGAGCGAUAUAUUCCCCGUUAAAUAUUCAAUAAUAAUUCCAUAAUUCCCCGUUAAUAAAUUCAAAGACUUCAAGAUUUCAAAGUUUCUUUUCAUUUAAAAUUGAUUUUGUCUAUUUAAAGCAUGUGCACGUUAAGAUUUCACCAAAUAAUAAUGCUUUAAAAAUGAAGUCUACAUAAUAUUAAAAAAAAAGAAAAAUAUUUUUUGAAACUUUAAUUCAUUGUAGAUUUAUUAGAUAUAUUAGUUUUUUAUUCAAGUAUUUGAUUGGCGAAAUUACGAAUCUUCUUCUUGAGUCCUCUGAUUUUUUUUUUGUAUUUCCUUAGACAGUUUAUCUAUCGAUUUAGGUAAUAAAAAAAGAUUUUUUGACUUUGUAUUUCAAGCUUUCCCCUUAACACACUGAGUCAAGAUUAUGUUUUGUACACUUAAAAUAUUUACCUUUUUCAACUUUGAGCAUUCAUUCGGGCGUUUAUUCAUUCUAUUGCUAUACCAUCAAGGCAAGCAAGAUCAAUUGAUACUUAUAAAAACUAAACAGAUCUAUGAACUUUUAAGAGCCAUACCAACAAUGACAGUGCAUUAAAAUAUGAAAAGCAUAAAUUAUCUCAAACAACAAAUAAAGAGAUCCGAAACGACCAACCAAUAAACUUUACCACUGAGAGUGACUGAGUUUAAUCUUAUCUCCAGCUGCAUCACUUCUUCCACUUUUAGACACAAUUCCAGUUCAUUCAUUCCUUGUUGAAUUGUUGAGCUGAAAAGAACUCUGGGAAAAUGUCUCUAAUAAGUGAUAAAAGUGCUUUAGUUACUGGAGCAUCUGGAGCAAUCGGUAGAGCGAUUUGUGAGGAACUUCUUAAAAAUGGAAUUAAGUAUCUCGCUGUUCUCGACAUGAAUUCUCAAGAACCCAAGAUUUUGAGUGAUUGGAAGAAAACCUAUCCCAGUGUCUCCAUAAAGUACUUCCAAGUCGAUGUGACUUCUCGUGAAGAACUGGAAAAGUGUUACAGUGAAUUCACAAAGGCAGUUCCAAGCUUGGAUAUCGUGAUAAACUGUGCUGGAAUCUUCAAUGAAAAGGACCCAACGAGAGUUAUUAAUGUGAAUCUGAAUGGUGUUAUUGAAUCCACUCGUAUUGCUAUCGAUCACAUGAGAAUUGAUACCGGCAAAGGCAAAGGUGGAACCAUCAUAAAUAUUUCUUCGGUUGCUGGACUAAGCAUUUACAGUGCUGGUCCGGCGUAUUGUGCUUCAAAAUUCGGUGUUGUAGCCUAUACCCGGGCUCUUGCCCAUGGACGAGAUCAUUUGGGUAUUAAAUUCCUGGUUCUGUGUCCACAUGGAACAGAUUCCGAACUAUACGAGAGAGUCUUUUCAACUGAAUACUGCUUCAUGACGUCUGAAAAGACUGCAUCAACAGGAAAGAAAUUGUCUCCCGCGCAGAGCCCUUCUGAAGUGGGAAAAGCUGCAGUAGAAAUGAUGCAGAAUGCGAAAAGUGGAAGUGUCUGGACCAUAAUUACUGGAAAACUGACUGAAGCAGAGUUACCACCAAUUCGUAUCUGAAAAGUUCAAAAUUUCAAAUUUUAAAAGUUUUAAAAACUUGUAAUAAAAAUAUAUAUUAUGUAUUUUAAAUUUUUGAUACGGUGACAGUUUAUGAGUAGAUUUAGGAAUUUAAUUAAUCCAUGAGUCAUGAAAUUCAAAAUUGUACUCAUGAUCCUAUAACUGAAUGUUCUGUUUUUGGAAUAAAUCAUGCGAUUAAUACCUUUUUUGUUUUACGUAUUUGUACGCAAUUAAGCAUUAUUUACAAAAGGAGGACUUACGUUUAAAAGCAAAUCAUUUAAAAAUUGGUCAGAUCCUGGUUUAUUGAUAGAUAUUUCAAUGUGUUCCCAUAUCUUACCUCUUAACUCUUUCGCGUCAUUAGGGUCAUAUAUGACCCGGGGAAAAAACAAUUUCUUUUGACUAUUUACAUUAAUUGAAAUCUAUCGGUUUGUGCACGACAUCAUUAUAGAAGGAUGUAAGAUUCUUGGCUAAUUUUCUCAAGACUCCAGAUAUACAGGAAAAGAAAAUAUGUGAGAUCAAAAAUCACGAAUUUCGAACUUUGUGAAAUGACUUUUCUUUUUCAAAAAUUUUUAUAUUCAUUUAUUUUUUUCAGCAAAAAGUUCUUUAGAAAUACAAAAUAGAAUAUCCAAAGAUUGUAUAUUGCAUAUUUUGAUAUAAUAAAUUACUCUCAAUUUUCCAGAAAA